GAAGCAGCUGAGAACUCUAGCUGGAGGGCAGAUCAGGAGCAUGGCGUCUUUAGGAGGACACAUUGUAAGCAGGGGAUCAGCGUGGGACUUGAACCCAAUCUUAUCUGCUGGCAAAUCUGUUCUCAACUUGGCAUCAGAUGGUGGCAAACAACAGAUUUUUUUUAAAUGAUCAGUUUCUUGCUGGCCGUAAGCAUGCAGACAUAGAGCCCAAGGAGGUCAUUGUUUCUGUUCUUAUCCCAUAUUCUACAAAGGAUGUUGACCCAGGACAGUCUCCACAAGACCCUGUGGGACAUCCCAUCAUGCACCAGUCUGGUAUUAAGCAUGCCACUGGUGAAGCGGUUUACACUGAUGACAUUCGUCCAGUGGAUGGAGAACUUUCAUUGGCUGUGGUCACUAGAAUUAAAGCCCAUGCAAAGAUUAAAUCAAUUGACAUUUCAGAAGCCCUUCAGGUGCCAGGAGUGAUUAAUGUGGUAACAGCAAAAGAUGUUCCAGGGAAAAAUGGCAAUGAUGAAGAGGAAGCAUUUGCAAAAGAUGAGGUCAUUUGUGUUGGACAGAUAAUCUGUGCUGUGGUUGCAGAGACACUGACUCAGGCAAAGUGUGGAGCUAAGAAGGUGAAGAUAGUGGAUGAAGAUCUGCAGCCAGUCCUCACCAUUAAGGAUGCAAUAAAACAUAAUUCAUACAUUACUAAAGAAAGGAAACUAGAAAAAGGAGAUAUUGAGAAAGGAUUUAAGUCUGCUGAUAAAAUCAUAGAAGGUGAAUUGCACAUGUGAGGACAGAAACAUUUCUACCUGGAAACAAAUAGUGUGCUUGUUACUCCAAGAAUGGAAGAUAAAGAAAUGGAUGUGUAUGUAUCAACUCAGCAUGCAACAGUUGUACAGAAAUUAGUGGCUUCAGCUUUAAAUCUCCAGUCCAACAGAAUUAUGUGCCACAUGAAACGUGUUGGUGGAGCAUUUGGUGGGAAGAUAACCAAGCCUUCAUUCUUUGCUGUAAUUGCGGCAGUGGCAGCUAACAAGACCAGGCGCCCAGUCCGUUUUACCCUUGAAAGAAACAUGGACAUGUUAAUCACUGGUGGACAUCAUCCUUUCUUUGGAAAAUAUAAAGUUGGAUUCAUGAAGGAUGGUAGAAUAAUAGCUGCAGAUUUUCAAUGCUAUAUAAAUGGUGGCUGUACAAAAGAUGAAUCUGAGUUGGUGAUUGAGUAUAUUGUGCUGAAAGUGGACAAUGCAUAUAAUAUCCCUAAUCUCCGAGUCAGGGGCCAUGCCUGCAAGACUAAUUUGCCUUCUAAUACUGCCUUCUGAGGAUUUGGGUUUCCUCAGGCAGGUCUGUUUGUGGAGACCUGUAUUGUGGCUGUGGCAACACAAACUGGACUACCACAUGAGAAGGUUAGGGAAAUAAACAUGUACAGAGGAGUUAAGCAAACAGCCUUUAAAGAAGAAUUUGAUGCAGAGAAUCUGUGGAAAUGUUGGAAAGAAUGUCUGGAUAAGUCUGACUACUACAGCCGGAAUGCAAAGCUGGAAGAGUUUAACAAGAAGAAUUACUGGAAAAAGAAAGGGAUUGCCAUCAUUCCUAUGAAGUUUUCUGUUGGAUUUAGUGCAACCUACUUUCAUCAGGCUGGUGCUCUUGUCCAUAUCUACGUAGAUGGGUCUGUACUAGUCACUCAUGGUGGCAUUGAACUUGGACAAGGAAUUCACACUAAGAUGUUACAGAUUGCCAGUCGUGAACUGAAGAUACCACUGUCAUAUAUACACUUCUGUGAAACAAGCUCAACAACUGUACCUAAUGGCAAAUACACAGCAGGAUCGGUUGGAACAGAAAUCAGUGCAAGAGCAGUACAGAUCAGUGAAGCUCACAAGAAGAGCAUCAACCUUUCAGCUACUGGCUAUUUCAAAACAUUAGGACAGACAUUGUCAUGGAUGCCUCUUUUAGCAUAAAUCCAGCUAUAGAUAUAGGACAGAUUGAAGGGGCCUUCAUUCAGGGUGUUGGUCUUUAUACAUUAGAAGAAAUCUACUUUUCGCC